CGCCACCUCUGCCUCCAACCCUUGUAUCCUCUCGGCUCCCGUAGCAGCAGGAACAGCAGCGCCAUGUCUUCGUCUCCAUCCCAGGUGCGCCAGAACUACAACCAGGACUGCGAGGCGGCCGUCAACCGCCAGAUCAACCUGGAGCUCUACGCCUCCUACGUGUACCUCAGCAUGUCUUUCUAUUUUGACCGGGAUGCUGUGGCUCUAAAGAACUUUGCCAAGUAUUUCCUGCACCAGUCCCACGAGGAGCGUGAGCAUGCUGAAAAACUCAUGAAGCUGCAGAACCAGAGGGGCGGUCGCAUCUUUUUGCAGGACAUCAAGAAACCAGAUCGUGAUGAUUGGGAGAAUGGGUUGACAGCAAUGGAAUGUGCCUUGCACCUGGAAAAGAAUGUGAACCAGUCACUCCUUGAUCUGCACAAGCUGGCAACUGACAAGAAUGACCCUCAUUUGUGUGAUUUCAUUGCCAAGCUCCUGACCCUCCUCUUCUCACACUCUAAUUAA